AUGGAUGUCAGUUCUUUAGUCCUCGGCUGCGUGCUGCUGCUACAAAUGUCUGUGAUUUUGGUAAUCCUAAACCCUGCAUAUGAUAUACGAAAAAUUCGAUCAUUUUUCGCUGCAUCUUCAACCAUAUCCAAUUUAACUAUUGUCGGCUAUUUCUCCCUAGUUGUUUACUUGGGUAUGUACAUUCCCUUAUCGAGCAUAUCGAGGCUCAUAUCAAACGAGGUGACCUGCGAUUACGAAAAGUUGGUUCUGCUGAACCGGAUCGAGAAAAACUAUAUUAUUGCCGGAUUCUCCCUUUUCCUGUUUAUCGUAAUGUAUGGAGUUCGGGCCUUAGACAUAUACGCAUCGCGUCUGGCGCAAAUUUUAAUGUCAUCUGGCGGUGCUAAUUUUCAAGGACAAAUACUCAAUUUGAAAGAUAAAACUCAAAGAUUCACAUCGUCUUUUAGCCCGGAGAAUAUUCUGCCGAAGCUGUUGAAAAUUAAAAGAUCCGUUUCGUAUGAGACGAUAUUAUUUACAAAGGAGUUAAGAGACCUAAAAGCCUUAAUCAAAAGUGCCGAAAUCAGUGUCCACAGCCGCAACGCGAUUUCAGAUAUCCAAAUUUAA